AUGGCGUCAGCAUUAUCCACUUAUGUGAGCAAAGAUUUAUUUACUGAUGAGCGUUUAACAAUUUUAUUUAUUCCGGACGAGGUUAUUUCAGAGCAUGAAUCAACAUUAUAUCAAUUAUUCAAUAAUAGUGAUGAUUUUAUAAAACAUGUAGAAAAUAAAUUAGACAAACAAGUAACUGUGAUAAUGGUUUUACGUUUAUUACCGGUUGAUAGUAUAAAACCAUUUUUAGCGAAUUUAGAAUCAUUAGUACAAAUAAUUGCGUUACAUAUUUUUUGCACAAAUGUCGAACUUUAUACUCUAUUAAAAGCCGAGUACAGAAAAGUUCAAAGCAUUACAAAUAUUGAAUUUGACAUAAACGUCCAAGUAAAUGAAAUUAUUCAUAAACUUUGCCACUCUAACUUAAAUUAUUUCAAGCAAAUUGCAAACAUUCACAAGGCACAGGAUGAACCCGCAUGUCAAAGAACAGUUGUUCAUGAAGAAAGAAAGAUGAUAGCUUGUUUAAAAAGAAGAAUAGAUCAUGGACUACAUGAUAUUAAAAAGAAAAUGAAUAAAUUACAACGACAUGAACGUGUGUAUGAGCGUCAAAAGAGAGACUUAGAUAGAAGAGAUUCGGAGCUGAGUAAUGAAGAAAAAAAUAUACCUGACAGGAAUCCAACACAAGUUUCAAUUUAAUAGGUAAGUUGUUGACAAAUUAAAACCGAUACUUACAUUACAUUUUAAUUUAUUUUACUUUUUUUGUAUGUUUCCAUAAUGUUCAUAUUUCAACAUGUUUAAGGGGGGGGGGGGGGGGGGGGGGGGGGGGGGGGGGGGGGGGGGGGGGGGGGGGGGGGGGGGGGGGGGGGGGGGGGGGGG